AUGUCCUCCUGCAACCCGAGCCUGAGCUUUCAGGGUCUCAUUACAUUCGCGCACGAGCCAGAGCGGUAUGAAGCUAUCUUCUCGCUCGAAUGGACUAAUGUCGACCACGCACGCACACUCCUCCUCAAUAUUGAGCACUCCACAUCCUCAGUACCAUCCAAAUCAAAGAAAUCCGCUCUGCAAACCGACCUGCAGAAGAAGCGCGAGCUCAUAAAGCAACUGUUUCAGCGCCUGCAAGAGCUAGACAAGCUCUAUGAUUCAGAAACAGACGUCUCGGCAGACUCGGAGGACUCAGAUGAAGAGGAUAACUUUCCCUCGUAUGCGCCGCACAAGGCAGCAGACGCCGGGCUUGAAGUCAACACAAGCGGAGGGGAAGGCAAUGAAGCGCUCCAGAACGCGGCAAAAGGUCUCACAGAUGAGCUACGGCGGCGAGGUGGCGCGCAAAAUGCGGAUACGAUAGCGACGGGUAACUCACUGUUCCCUACGAGGGCCAAAACGACGACGGGCGAAGCACAAACCGAUGCUAUAUUAUCAGAUCAUCGAAGCGAGCAGGAUUCACUGGAGACAAGCCUACUGGAUAUGGCGAAGCAGUUGAAGCAGCAGUCCCUACACUUCCAUCAGACACUGGAGGGAGACAAGAGUGUGGUCGAUCGUGCACUCUCAGGGCUGGACAAGAACUCGCUGGGCAUGGAGGCAGCCGGGCAGAAGAUGGGCACAUUGCGGCGGAUGACGGAGGGCAAGGGUUGGUGGGAUCGCAUGAAGCUCUAUGCGCUGAUUUUUACCCUGUGGGUGGUGAUCUUCCUCAUCUUCGCUCUGCCGAAAAUCAGGUUUUAG